AUGAAACAGUUCAAUUUGGAUGCAGAGUUUCACGCCAAAGAGGAUAGUCCUUUUCGGCACGAACCAAAAAUGGAAAAUACAAUUGAAUCUUCGAGCAGUCCACAGCAUAAAAAGAUAUCGUUGAGAUGGGAUCCAGUCGAAGCGUGUCGGCCUAUAAUCGGUGAAGCGCCUGUGUUUUAUCCAACUUCUGAGGAGUUUGAAGACACGCUUGGUUACAUAGCUAAGAUACGUCCUGUAGCUGAACAGUACGGCAUAUGUAGAAUCGUCCCUCCAGCUUGUUGGACUCCACCGUGUCCGCUUAACGAGAGAGAGAUAUGGGAAAAUGCUAAAUUUCCGACUCGUAUUCAGCAUGUUGAUUUGCUUCAGAACCGGGAGCCAAUGAGGAAGAAAAGUAGGGGAAAGAAACGAAAACGUAGAAGGCAGUCGAGGAUGGGAACAUGUAGUAGGAGAUCUGGAAAUUCAUGUUCUGAAGCGAAUGUCACUUCUGAAUCGGACGAUAAGUUUGGAUUCCAAUCAGGGCCAGAUUUCACACUUAAAGAAUUUCAGCAAUAUGGAAAUUCUUUUAAAGAUUGCUACUUUGGGUUGAUCGACACCAAAGAUGGUAGAGGCGGUGAUAAUAAUCAUCAUGAGAGACGUGAUCCGUCCGUGGAGGAAAUUGAAGGUGAAUACUGGCGAAUAAUCGAGCAACCUACGGAUGAGGUCGAGGUGUAUUAUGGAGCGGACUUGGAAACUGGAGCACUUGGAAGCGGUUUUCCUAAGACAUCGUCGUUUACUAAGAGUGGUUCAGAUUCGUAUGCUAUGUCUGGCUGGAAUCUGAAUAACUUUGCGCGACUUCCAGGUUCUGCAUUGUGUUUUGAAGGAAGUGACAUCUCAGGAGUUUUAGUGCCAUGGUUGUAUGUUGGAAUGUGCUUUUCCACAUUUUGCUGGCAUGUUGAAGAUCAUCACCUCUAUUCGCUUAAUUAUCUGCACUGGGGUGAUCCGAAAGUAUGGUAUGGUGUACCUGGGAGCCAUGCAUCAGCCAUGGAAGAUGCAAUGAAGAAACACUUACCUGAUUUGUUUGAAGAGAAUCCAAAUCUACUCAACGAGUUGGUGACUCAAUUCUCUCCUUCGAUACUUAAGUCCGAGGGGAUUCCUGUGUAUCGAGCUGUCCAACAUUCGGGGGAAUUUGUUAUCACCUUUCCAAGGGCAUACCACGGUGGUUUCAGCUGUGGCUUCAACUGUGCGGAGGCUGUGAAUGCGGCUCCGUAUGAUUGGUUUAUGCAUGGACAGAAUGCGGUUGAAAUUUAUAGUCUGCAGUGCCGUAAGACAUCGUUGUCCCAUGAUAAAUUGUUGUUUGGAUCUGCUAAGGAAGCUGUACAUGCGCUUUCAGAGGUAACUCUUGAUGGAAAAGAAAAUCUUCAAUGUUUAAAAUGGAGAAAUGCAUGUGGGAAAGACGGAGUUCUUACCAAUGCAGUUAAGACAAGGGUAAUGAUGGAAAAAGAGAGGCGGGACUGGCUCCCGUCGCAUUUAAAGAUGCUGAAGAUGAACAAUGACUUCGAUUCGGUUGAGGAAAGGGAGUGUUUCUCUUGCUUCUAUGACUUGCACCUAUCCGCCGUCGGUUGCAAGUGCUCUCCUGACAGCUAUUCUUGUCUUAAACACUUCAAGUUGUUUUGCUCAUGUGAAAUGGAUAAUAGAUUCGUUCUGGUUCGUUAUACUAUGAAUGAGCUAAGUACGUUGGUUGAAGCAUUAGAAGGAGAGCCGUGUGCAAUAGAAGCGUGGACAACCGGAAAAAUUGGAACGGCUUAUGCUAGUGUUGAGGAUGGUUGCGUGCAAGAACAAGAUAUGGAGAGAAUCGUACGCAAAACCAAUAAUUACGAAGGGAAAAUCUCACUUUCUUGUGCAGGAAUUAAUGAGAAGUCGAAUUCGAAUGUACCUAGCAGUCCUUACAGUCAUAUUUCUUCCGAGCUGGUCCAUUUAGAGUCUCGCCAUGUAACGUUUAGUACACCUUAUGCGGAUACGAAUGGCGUUAAGGAUAACAUGAGUGAUACUAAGUUGAUCAUGGACAAUGAAGUUAACGAGGAUAAGAGGCGAGACAACAUGGAACUUGGUGCUGGUGGUAUUUCUGACUUGGAAAAAGAACCUUUGUCGUGUCGAACCGAUGUUCGGAGUUCUGGUACACUCGAUGGUUGUAAACUGUUUGGGGUCGAUCUGCAAAUAAGUUCAGAAUCAGGACAGAAACUCAAUAGAACGUUUGAAGCGGGAGUUCUAGACACCUCCAAUUCUAGUGUAUCUUUGAUAAACCAAAGCUCCCCAAUGCGAAAGUUUAGUAUGUCUGUGGAGCUUGUAAAUUUGGGAUCUGUUCUCUACGGAAAGCAUUGGUGCAGUAAGCAUGCAAUAUAUCCAAAAGGAUUCAAGAGCCGUGUUAAGUUCCUUAGCGUUCUUGAUCCAGCAAGCAUUUGUACAUAUGUUUCGGAAGUCAUUGAUUCUGGAUUUCUCGGGCCUUUUUUCAGGGUUACCUUGGAAGAACAUCCGAACGAGGUUUUCACAAACACCUCAGCCGAUAAAUGCUGGGAAGCAGUUAUUGACAGGCUAAACUAUGAAAUAAAUAAGCGCAGAAUUCUCGGUGAACAAGAAAUUCCUCCCUUGGAACUACUGCACAACAUCAAUGGUCAUAAAAUGUUUGGAUUCCUUUCGCCGUCCAUUAUUCAGUCCACUGAAGCUCAAGAUCCGAAUCAUAAAUGUAUAGAGUACUGGAAUCACAAACAAGUUAGUUUCGGAUCUUCUGGUAGAGUCGUUGAUGACUCUAAGUUAACUUGUGGCUCAAGUAACAACUCUCUAGAUGACUUGAAGACCAAGCUUUUCGGCGUUGAUUUGAUAAAGCAGGAGGAGGAUGACAUAGGAGAAAGUUCAGAUUCAUUUGAAGAGAUGAAACCGAUUUUAGAAGGAUUCUUAAAAAAGGGGAGACCUGACGAAUUAAGAGCAAUGCGCAAGUUAUUCAGCUCUGAUGCACAGAUGACUCAGUGGAGACCGACAUUGAUAACAUUGAUAGAGGAAAUCGAGAAAGAUUCUCCGUAA